AUGAAGGCAGAGGUGGCCACCGUUGAGACACCGAUGGAUCGCAGUUCGUCAGUUAUGAAGGAGGACGUGCACAAUGACGAAUAUGGUGUCGAGGCUGAGCUGACGAGUCUCUCGUGGUUACAAUCGCUCGAUAUUACAAGUGCUUCGAAUUUACCAACGCCACCCUGUUCACCGUCCCCGCCGCCUGUAAAUAGACAAGCAAGAAAAAAGCUCUCGCCCCUAAUUAAGGCUGAAUUAGAUUUAUCUGAGAACGCUGAAAAGUAUCGGACCGACCCUGAUGCGAAACCGCCGUUUUCCUACGCUACGAUAAUAUGCCUGGCGAUGCGCGCUAAUAACAAUAAAGUAUCUCUCUCAAAUAUAUACGCAUGGAUUCGAGAGAACUUUUUAUUUUACAAAUAUGCUGAUCCAGCUUGGCAGAAUUCGAUCCGGCAUAACCUGUCCCUGAACAAGUGUUUCGUCAAGUUACCCCGGUCGAAGGGCGAGCCGGGAAAGGGCGGCUUCUGGAAGCUGGACUUGGAACGGUUGGAGGAGGGCAGGAAAUCGAAACGGCGAGCGACCAUGUCCCAACGAAUCCGCGGGACGAAGAAACAGCCGCCCGCCGCGAAAACGGCGAUGAACAACGCCCAGAGCAGUACUGUCCCAUCGAUCAGCUCCCUGUCCACCCUAUACGAGACUCCUCCCAGCAGCGUGUCCCCGCCAAUCCCGGACUGUCUCACAGAGAUGCCCGAUUCGACGCAAGUCAGCUUAAGCGAGGAUGAUCUCACUGGUCUGUUGAUCGCCACCGCGGCCUGGGACGAGAAUCAGUUGGAUCUUUUGGAUUCUUUCCUGGACACCCUAUAG